AUGACCGGUUCUAAAACGUCUUUUUUGUCCAUAAAUGCAUUAUUGGCAUCUUUCCAGAACGUUCAUAUCACCGAGUCAUCAUUCAUUGUGUUCAGUGUGUUGAAAAAUGAAAAGUUUGGAAAAGAUUUUGGACCAAUUGCAAUUACAAUCUACUGUUCGUGUUAUGCUAUGAUGUUAUCCCUCCUCUCCAUUCAUUUCUUUUAUCGUUAUACCUCUGUAACCGCUCCCAUGUGGCUAUCCAAUCGUUUUUCCUCGAAAUCCUCUAUUUUCUGGUUUCUAUUUGUUUUCGUCUACUCAACAAUCUGGGGAUGCUCCAGUUAUUUUCUCUGUAAACCCACCGAAAACAAAGAUCGCGAAUUGCUCAGAGAAUUCAUGAAGGAGUACUGUAUGAAGCCGGAGGAGUAUGCUUAUGUGGGUCCUCAAUAUUUUUAUGAGAAUUUUGAAAACGGGAAGUUUAAAUUCCACUGGCCAUCAUUCCUGGGAAUUGGUAUUCUGGCUUCUCAAAUGAGUUCAACAUUCGUACUUGUUGUAUUUUUUGGAGUUAAAACUUAUCAAACUCUUGUUGAUAAGACCGGAAAUAAUUGUUUCGCUUCGAGAGAACUGCAAAAACAACUUUUCAAAACUCUGAUUAUCCAGACGAUAAUUCCAUCGAUUUUCAUGUAUUUCCCGGUGUCUUGUAUGUUUUUAUUCCCGAUUUUUGGGUUAAAAGUUGAAGCGAUGGCCAAUUUAAUUCCGAUUUCUGUUUCUGUUUAUCCAUGUUUGGAACCUCUUGUUGCGCUGAUUUUUAUCAGAGAUUUGAGAAAUCGAAUUGUGGAUUGA